AUGGGUCACUCUCAGGAGAUCAGUGAAUUCAAGCGUGAUACCAUGAUAGGUUGCCACCUGUGCAACAAAUCCAUCAGUGAAAUUUCCUUGCUACUAAAUAUUCCACGGUCAACUGUUAGUGGUAUUAUAACAAAAUGGAAGCAACUGGGAAAAACAGCAACUCAGCACUGAAGUGGUAGACCACAUAAAAUGACAGAGCGGAAUCAGCGCAUACUGAAUUUCAGUGAAGGGAACUCUUUAGGCAUCAGCAUACCAAGACAUUUUGGACAAUUUCGUGCUCCCAACUUUGUUGGAACAGGUUGGAAAUGGCCCCUUC